CUAAUAAUAUUCUGUAGUAAAAUAAUGUAUAUAGUGCAUAAAUAUUGAAAGUAGUCCGUGAGUUCUCUAUUAACAGCCGCAGAGGUUCGGCGCUGAUAAUGCGCGCGAGUUUUGAAGUGGGCGAGUCUUUAAAGAGGACGUCCGACCUCCUCGCCGGAGUUUGCUAGCUUAGUAAAUUAAAUGUUACUAACAACUUUUAACGCCAGUGCUCGGCUAAAUUACACGUUAACUGGUACUAACUUGCCAUGAGAUACAACGAAUGCUUGAUCAAAUGUAUUCGCGGCGUUGGGCAAGCCGUUUUUAAGGGUUUUCCGGGUCGUUGCUAACAUGACUUUAGUUACCGCUAAGCUAGCUUACUUUGCUUCUUUGCACUGUAAACAUUAUUAACGUUACCUAACGUGAAUGUGGCUAGUAGUUUGGCAACUUAAGCCGAUAACGUCUCUUACAUAACGGAAAGCGUAACUCAACAAAAGAACCCAUUCAUGCCGACAGGGCACCGUACACCAACAGCUUCUGCAUCAUGUCUAUUGAUUUUGACAGUGCUGCUCUUCAAACCCAGCACGAUGAAGAAGAAUACGACCCAGAGGACUAUGCAAGAGAACAAGAGCUACACAAAUUGCUCACCGACCUGCCCGAUGACAUGUUGGAGGACAGCGUAGACUCCUCCUCCCCAGAGCUAGAGUACACUACUUGCAGCCAUAAAAACACUGGCAACAGCCCACAGUCCGCAUGGACUCAGCAAUGGUCAGACCACUCCAGACCAGCUUCUCAUGAACAGAAGCGAGAAGUUGGCCACGAUCAACACUCCCACGAUGAGUACGCUUACGAGGAUGGAGCUGUUCAGACCAAUCGACAUUACCCUCAAAGUGGACCUCUGCAUAAUGCCUGGAACCCGGAUCAUCAGUUCAGCCAGGGAGAUUAUACAUACACCAGCAUUGGCUCUGAAAAAUCUACAGACACCAAUGAUUUUUGCACAGACGAGAACAAGUCUAGACCGUAUCCUCACGGCACUAAUAACGCUGUCCCGUAUAAUGGACAAGAAGGACGCAGAGACGUCCAAAACUACGGGCAUCAUAACAACGGCAGGGACCAAUUUCAAUGUGGAGCGUUGGACGGAGGGAAGGAUCAGCUUCAGGCCAACUACAAUCCCCACCUACCCGCCCAUCAGCCCAAAAUGUUUACCUCACAGGCCGUUCAACAGGAAGAUCAAUUUGACCAUCUGCAAAGAGAAUUCCUUGACUCGACACAACAAACUGCUGAUAAAGAGCAGCUUGCCCAGCUGCAGAUUUUAAACAAGGCUCAGCAGAGGCAAAUUGAGGACUUGGAGCGAAAACUGGAGGAUUCGAGGCGUAAUAUGAGAUAUAUUGAGCAUCAGUUUGCAAUUGCCAAAGAUGAAAAAGAUGGCCUAGCAGUGAGUCUAAAGGAAUCAGUUCAACUAGUUGAACAUGCCAAGGAGAGAGACAUUCAAAUGCAAUCCAAAGUAAAAGCAAUGGAGCAGCAACUGCAGGUUCUAACUGAGAAAGACCAGGAGAACUUGAAGAGGCAGAGGGUGGCAGAAGCUGCAGUGGACAGCAUGAAGCAGCAGAUGUUGGAACUGUGUCGCUCUGACACGCUGUCCAGGACGAGGCAGCAGCACGACAGAGACCUGUCUGUCAUGAAGGAGCAGCACGAGAAUGCAGUGUUGACACUACAGCAGAAGCUGGACUCGACCUCACAAGCUCUGAAUGAAAAGAUCGAUGUUGGUCAGAGGCUACGAGAGCAGGUGAAGCAACUCGAGCACCAGAGAGAAGAAGAGCAACUGGAGAGAGCUCGCGUGGUCAACACCCUCACUCAGCGUCUGGAGGAGAGUCAACAACAAUGUGCCAAGCUACUGGAGACAAGUUCAGUGCAGGAGAUGAGUCAGAUGCAGAUCAAACUACAACAGGCUCAAUCCGCCAAAGCGCUGUCUGAAAACAUGAACAAAGUCUUGCAGGAGGAUCUGUCUGACUUGAAGGAGCAGAUCACUCUGUACGAGUCGGCUGUGAAACACGGUGUUAUUGCAGUAGACCCGAGCAGUGAGUGGGAGAACCAGCUGUCUGACUCCUGUGUGGAUUUAGGAUUAAAAAAAGCAAACAGGAAAAAUGGCUUGCUUCACAGUGCUGUCCUGGCUCACAUGUCGGACUCCAAGCUGCCCAAAGAUGAAGCUUUGCGGCUGCUGCGAGUGGAGAUGCAACGCUGCCUGGGCAGUUUAAAGGGGAAGCGGCAGAAGAUGAGUCAGCUGCAGGAGGAGCUCCAGCUCAGUCAGAGUCGAUUGAUGGAGCUGCAGACCCAGUUGGAUGAAGCCAAACUCUGCUCCUCGGCAAGAGAGACCAGCCUGAUGAAACAUCUGGACAUAAAUGGAGAGUCUUCGAAGGAGUUUGCAAAACUACUGCAAGACAAACAACACUUGCAGGAACAAGUGGAGGUCUUAGAACAGAAGAAUAUGGAGCUGAAACAGAGUGAGGAAACGGUGAGGUCUGCCAAUUUGGAGCUUUGCAUCAAGAUGAGGGAGAUGAUCCAGGAACUUGACCAAGAAAAGCAGGAGUCUACUGAGAGAGCUGAGCGGAUUCAUCAGCAGUACCGGGACGACGUGGUGGAUCGGGUCAGAACGGAGCUCAUGCUCGAUCACGAUGCGCAGGUUGAACAGCUGACUGCACAGCACCAGAAACUGGUCCAACAGUUACAGACCCAGCUGUCUGAGGCCAAUGAUAAGAUGCUGGCUGUGCAGGAGUGUUACAUAUCGGUCUGCAAGGAGAAGGACAUGCUUGGCAAGGAGGAGGCUGUGAUCAGACAAAAGACGAUCAAAGAGAGCGACGCAGCUGUGGAGAAGCUUAGGGCUGAGCUUGAGGCUCAGCAUCAGGUCUCAAUAAACCAGCUCCAAGCUCUGUGGUCCAAAGAAAAGCAGACUGAGAUCCAGAAGCAAGUGAAUUCUCAGGUAGCCUCGGCCAAGGCUGCUUGGGAGGAGGAACUGCAAAAGAUGGAGAAGACCUGGGAGCAGAGACUGGAAGAGGCCAAUAGAGAUGAACAUAAAGAGACUGCUGAGGCAGCCUGUCAGGCAGAUGAGAUUCAGGCCGGCAGUGUGACAGUUACUGUGGAGGAGCUCGACUCCAGGCUCAGUGCCCAGAAACAGCAGCUGGAGCUGGAGGCUGACAAAGUAAAACGCAAAGCUGUGGAAGAAGCCAGGAAACAAGCCCAGAGAGGGCUCCUCGAGAAACACCUAGAGGAAAUGGCCAAACAGGUUGAAGGUGCAGUAACCAGGGCCUACAAUCGCUGGAUCGAGGAUUUGACUUCAUUACCAGAAUACCAAACCUCUCUCCAAAGAGAGCGGGAGAAGUGGGAAGAACUACAUGAAAAAAAUACUGAGCAACGAGUGUCCCAGGCCCUGAAGGAGGCAGAGGAGCAGUGGUAUAACAAGCACAAGAACCAGCUGGAGGAGGAGAGCUCUGGGACGCAGAGGGUGGAGGACCUCCAAGAGGAGGCGGCCUCUCUCCGGAGUCAGCUGGAGCGGGAGAGGAGAGAGCAGGCCAUCCUGCUGAAGGCCGAGCUGGCCGGAGCCAGAGCAGCCUGGAACCGAGAGAAACAGGAGAUCUCCGUCACACAGGUCCGCAGCGAGCAGGUUUACCAAAGCAAGUUGCAAGAGCAGCGGGAAAAGCUGGAGCAGGCGUUGCAGCAGGCCAGAGAGGAUGCCGCCCUCCGCGAGAAGGAGCUGCUCCAGCAGAUGGAGGCCAAGCUGCAACAGACGCUGGUGGCCCGAGAGGAGGAGUUGAGAUGUCAGCACGCGGAGAAGGAGGCGGCUCUGAGAAAGCAGUUUAGAGAUGAAUUGCUAGCAGAGCUGCACGCUGCUCUUGCAGAGGUCCAGGCACAGCUGCUCGGGUGUCCCGAAGCAGAUCAGCAGGGGACUGAAGACACCAAGAGGACCAGCGGGGCCACAUCAGAGGACGGAGUUACUCACAUCCUCCAAGCAUUCUGCAAACACCUUGUGAACAGAGCUGUAUCUCAGGCCAAGAAGCAGUGGAAGAGAGUGGACGAGGAGAAACUGAGUCGUGUGUUAAAAGAAACGCAGGAGCAGCACGAGAGAGAAAUUGACAAAAUGCAAAGUUUCUUGUCGGAGAGGAAGGAGCAAGUUUGCUGCAAGAAGGAGUGCGCUGAGACUUCAGGUAAGCUGCAGAAGAAGAACCAGGAGCUCCAGAGGCACUUGGAGAAAGCCUGUCGUCAACUCCAGCACACGGUUCGCCAACACAAAACCGCCAUGCAGCAUCUGAAAGAUCAGCAUGAAAGCAACUUGCAAAAGGAAAAGGAGGGACAUCUGCAGAGCCUGGAGGAGGUGAAGUCCACCAAAGAAUCCUCAGGAAGUUCUGAUCACCAACAAAAUGUUCAGCAAGGCCUUGAGGAGAUGAAGCAGCAAUAUCUGACGACUGUAGAAAAGAUCAGAGGGGACAUGCUGCGUUACCUCCAGGAGAGUCGGGAGCGAGCGGCAGAAACCAUCCGCGUGGAGGUGCAGAGGGAGAGGCAGGACACGGCCAGAAAGAUGCGGCGCUACUAUCUGACCUGUCUGCAGGAGUUACUGGAGGACGCGGGAAAGACGACGGGGGCUGAAAAACAAAUAAUGACUGCUGCAAGCAAGCUGGCCGCCAUGGCUAAAGUGCUGGAGACGCCGUUCAAAAGCAGAUCUGGAACGACCUGUAGUUCAGAAUCUGACCGCCUUCCAGGUAGAAACUUGGGUUUCAGUAAGAACCUGCCGACACUUGACGCGCUCCCUGACAUGGGGCCGGAGGAGAGGCCCCACAGGGAGAAACCCCCCGCUGACGCGGCGCAGAAACUGCCAGCGAGGACUAAACUUUUGAGCCACCACGACGUCUCUCCGCCUGGGAAGGGCGAGGCCUCGGGGGACGCAGCGCUGAAACCCCGAACCGUGAGGAGUAAAAGCAGGGAGCCCCGCGUCCUCGAGUGCCGCAGCAAGCCCUUCCUCGCCCGGGAGGCCGCCGCCAGAGACGGGACGCGGAGCGGGUGCAGCGCCGCCAGCAGCGACUCGGACACGGGCCUCCGGGUUUCCUCCCGCUCGGGCGGGAGAGUAGAGCCGGGCGCGCCCCUCUCCGUCUCCUCCUCCUCCUCCUCCUCCUCGGGGGAGUCCGGCGACCCGGAUGCCUCCGACCUGACCGUCUAUAACGGAAUCGCCCAAAAGAGCUGGAGCUCGAUAAGCGCCCACAGAGAGCCCCCCCCCGGCUCCGAGGGGGAGAAGCGGCACGCGGCCGGUUCCAGGCCUCUGUUCUCUGAGCUGAGGCAGCGGCGGCAGGACAGCGGCUUCGACAGUCCUUUCAACCAGCAGAAAUGAGGAAGUGAUGGGACAGGUAUGCAAGGGGUUAGUAGUGCCUCUAAAGCAGUGAAUAACGUUUACAUGGCUAACGAAUCGCAAGCGGCACUUAUUUACUUUAAGGAUGAAACAAAAGUCAAGACGCUUUCUGUCUUUUUGCUUUUCUAGGUAAUCAUUUCUCCCGACUACGAGAAAGCAAGCAAAAAGUUGAUUAGAUCACUUAGUUUUUCCAGUGUUGAUGGCGAACCUCUGUGUGGUGUUCCAUGUUUUAAAGGGUCAACAGUCUGCGCAAUGUAAUCUUCAGUGACUUUUACUGAUAUCCUGUAGCCUCCACUAAGUACUAGAUCAGGAUUCAGGAAUAUGCAAAGUUCUGUUUAAUCUCUGUUGGAUCUCAGAUUAUCUGUUUUUUUUAAAUGUUUUUAAAUAUUUUUUAUUGCGUUGGUGAAAUGUGCUGUGCAUAUAUUUUUAACG